AUGAAUCUCUAUAAAGAAAGUCUCUGUCUAACGUUAUACGUCUGUUGUCUCUUAAUACCCUUUUAUCUCAAUUCUUAUUGUUUGAUUCUUCAGGUGGAUGGUAAACAGAAAUCAAAAUCAGUUACAUCAUAUUAUCCAUUAUCUCCCAUCAAUUUGUUCAUCACAGUGGCGUUGAACUCAAUUGCAUAUCUCUUGUUACGGGAAUCCAAUCAAUCUAUCCCCGUAUCUCUACUUAUCGUAUUAUUUGGACACGUAUUCCCAACUUGGAGGGCAAUUCGAUUACUUAGAGUGGGUGUAACUAUUACGAUUGUUAUCAAAAUAGCCAAACCUAAAAGAGAAUAA